UCAAUCAGGCUUUAAAUUAGAGAACUCAGGACUUCAGUUGCUCCCGAUGUGAGCCCCAAUGAGCUCCUGAGUUUUCACGUCUUUUUUCAGAGGAUUUUCUUAUUCAAAGCGAGAAGGCCAGUGUGCAGAGAGAGUGCAGCAGACAAGACUGAUGAUGCUGUCACUCAUUCAUACGGGACAAUUUACUUCUUAAAAAAUAACCUAAAGUUCGACAACUACGAAAGAGUUUUCACUGGAUUUUUUUUCCGUCUAAAUUUUAAUAUUUUGGUCUUCUGAGAUCCGCCUUCCCCCGGACAGUUCGUCUCCACUGCGCCGCCAUGUGUGCGCUGUUGCCGGCGUCGCUGUGCCUGCUGCUCGGCCUCCUGCCUCUGGAGAUCCAGUCCCGGGCUUUGACUCUGCAGAACCUCACUCACAGUCACAGACAUAGGUUGAGUUUACCCAGAACCGCUAAAUACCCAAAGUCUUCUAACACCGCCAUCAUGCCUACUGCGUCUGAUCUCUCUGUUGCUGUUGACAACCACAUCACAGAGGGAGACAGACAUAUCAUCUGGAGGGCCCUGCUGCACAAAGAGCCCCCAUCGAGGUUUUCUGACCCGUUGCCUGACCAGAGAGACAGUGUGCUAUGGGAAGCGCCGGUGUGGCAGCGUGGGUCACGGGGUCGUCGUCAUGCCAACAGUGGCGGUGGAAGGGGUCACAGCCAUCUGAUGAGGGUGGGGUGUGUCCUUGGCACCUGUCAAGUUCAGAACCUCAGCCACCGUCUCUACCAGCUGAUUGGACAAAGCGGGAGGGAAGACUCCUCCCCCAUUAACCCUCACAGUCCUCACAGCUACGGCUAACACCACACCUCGAGGUUACCGCUAACUUUGAUGAGUUUAUCGUCAAAGUUAGCCAGGUCCUUUGUUGCAUUAGUGACACAAUAAGGGCCCAAAAUAAGCCUUUGAUGUCAGUCUUUGCAACCCUGUCUCAUAGAAAAUACCUCUGCAUAAUCCUACUAAAUUAUUUUUCUAAUAUAUAUAUAUAUAUAUA